GCCUUGAAACCGCCGAGUUCCAUGUUUGUAUCUUGAAUUUGAGAGGCGAGCUGAACUCCAUGUUGUAUUAAAGUUGAUCAGAAAGUUACUAAACUUUUAUUUUGGGCUUUAAAUCCGUUUCUCGUGCGGUUCUCUGGUAAUGAGCGCGUGGUAAUCGCUCUCUGCGGCCUGUCAGCGCAGCAUGCUCUUGCCGGGAGUUAGUUCUGGAGUUGCGAGGUUUUAGCGCGCGCGCUGAGUUCGGUGGUGAAGCUGAGAGUUCUGAAGGUUCUGGUUCUGUGGAUCUGAUGGACCUCCCGUCCUCAUCAGUGAUCACACAAGUGAGCCGGGACGAGGAGGCGAGCGCUCCGCUGCGGGAGAAAGGUACUCCCACGCACGUUGCGUCAUCCUCUAAGAAGCCCCGCAGCCGUGGCUUUUUCCACAGUCUCUUCUGCUGCCUGUGCCACGAUGAAGCAGAUCAGGUGCCAGUCAAUAACAAUGCACCGCUGCUGGUGGAGGAGAACGGGACCAUCUCAAAAGUGCCAGCCAAGCCUCUCCUGCCGCAGAUCAAGUCUAAAGACGCAGGAAAGAUCUGCGUAGUGAUCGAUCUGGAUGAAACACUAGUGCACAGUUCAUUCAAGCCGGUGAACAAUGCUGACUUUAUCAUUCCAGUGGAAAUUGAUGGGGCAGUACACCAGGUAUAUGUGCUGAAGCGACCUCAUGUGGACGAGUUCCUGAAGCGGAUGGGGGAAUUAUUUGAGUGCGUGCUGUUCACUGCCAGCUUAGCCAAGUAUGCCGAUCCUGUCUCAGACCUGCUGGAUAAGUGGGGGGCCUUUCGCUGCCGUCUCUUUCGAGAAUCCUGCGUCUUCCAUCGUGGAAACUAUGUCAAAGACUUGAGCCGGCUGGGCAGGGACCUGAAUAAAGUCAUCAUCGUGGAUAAUUCACCAGCAUCGUACAUUUUCCACCCAGACAAUGCUGUACCUGUAGCCUCCUGGUUUGAUGACAUGUCCGACACCGAGCUGCUGGAUCUGAUCCCUUUCUUUGAGAGACUGAGUAAAGUGGAUGACGUGUACGCUGUGCUGAAACAGCAAAGGACUAGCAGCUAACAUGAUACGUGGAGCAGCUUUCACUUUGGGGCCAGGGAGGCUGGUGGGUUCAGAGCGCCACUUCCCCGCUAACAGGAUCGGCUGUCGGCUCGGUCCUCUUCACCUACCCAGAAUUCCAUUCACAGGAUGAUUGACAGAAAAGAAAACGAGCUGAAUGCAACCUGGUAUGGCCGAUGGAACUGUGAAGGACUGCUUAAUGGCACACACAUAUAUAUAAAAGAAAAGAAAAUUUUAUUGAUUUUGUUUUAAAAAAAAUGUUAUUCCUUCUGUUUUUGUAACUUUUCCCCAUUUUAAAGGUAAGGUAGAUAGACGGAAGCCCUGUUUAAAUGAACAGUGUGGAUUAAUGGUUUAUUAUCUCAUGAUGUUUUACUGGGGAAGACUUCUCUGGAUGACUAGAUGUGUGAAAAAGGACAGCUCUGACAUUUUGACAAGUGGCCGUGUUUCACCUGUUGGACUUGUGUUCAGAAAAUGUGUUCAGAGACUUUCGGAGAGCCUGGGUUCACUCUUUCUGUGACGAAAGUGGAAUUUUUUUUUCUGAAUCGGGGUGAAGAUGAUAAAAUAUCACCAGUCUGGCCUUGUGGAUAUUCAGUGCUAUUAAUAUGCAGGUGUUCAGUGUAAUUGAAAGUCGUUACAUUGAAAUUAUUGCAAGAUUAUUAAUCAUUUUCCUGCUGCCUGGGUGCCUUGAUGAAUCUGUAUGAGAGAAUCUGAGAGAUGUGAGAUUUUUAGUUGAUGUUUUUUUUUUAGUGUGCUAAGGAAUAUUCUGUCUAGUUUGCCAAAUAUUACAUUUUAAAUUGUAAUUUUAGACCAUAAUCGAGUAUAUGAAUUAUACAGUCACCAGUAUAAAAAUGAGCCCUGAGAAAUGUGCUUUUUGUUGUGCUUUUUACUUUUUAAUUUAGAUUUUGAAAGAAGUAGGCACACUUUCUGUUGCUGAUCAAAAAAACACAGUCUUUCAUAUAAUACAUUUUUAAUAAAUACAGCCUGUGCCAAGGUUUGGGCAGCCUGCAGUCAUGGUUAGCAAAGUCAGUCGUGAUGUGAGGUGUGUAACAAUGAGUUUUUAGAAGCUGUCAGUUAAACCCCUCUAAGACCUUGUGCUUACACUCAGUAAUCAUCAGUUUAUCUUACCAUCUGUAUAAAGAUCUAAAGAGGAAAGUACAGGGUAUCAAAUGUUAUGUCAUGAUUUUUAAAGACAUUGUCAAUAUAAAACAUAUCUCUCACAAUAUUUUGAAACUUAAGCAAAUUGUAUCAGUAACAGCAGAUUUUAAACACUGCCAUCCAUACUCAUCCAUGCUAAGUACAGUGAUUUGUACUCCAAAUUUGCUGCACACCAUCUAAUUAUCCAAAUAAUUAAGAUGAUUAAUUAUUCACUUGAAUUAUGCUUUUAACUGUGCAUUUCUUUAGUGUUUUUAAUACUGAUAAUAUCCACAAUAUGCUUCUAGAAGCAUAUUAAGCAUCAUGAUAACAAAAUGUACCACAAUAUGAUUAAAUAAUAAUACUGCCAUAUUUACACACUCAUAUCCACACUGCAGGGCAGAGCUGUAAGAAAAUAUAGAAAAUAGUUUUUUUUUUUUCUAGUUUCUACAGGAUGUUACUGAGUAACAGUAGUUCAGGGGAAGUGUGGAAGUCAAGAUGAGAUCUGGAAGACCCAACAGCUGCCAAAUAUCUGCUGAAAGCUCAGUCAGAGAGAGUGAUGUUUGGUGCACUGUUUUGUUGUGCAGCAUAGCUCGCACAGGCUGUCUAAUUUUUUUUUCUUUGAUACAAACUGAUUACAACAGCUAGCAUUAAAAUACUUAAACUUUCACUAUUCACUACUGCAGGUGUUUAAAACCCUAGCUCUUUUUGUAGCUGUUGUAAAGUUGAAUCUACAUCACUUCCUAAAAGUCCUCCAGUUUGUGUAAAAGUUGUUUACCUGCGUGUUUUACACAACGAGCAGCUGAAACUAGGUGGUUUGCCAAAAUGUCAGUGCUGUCUGAGGAUAGGCAUUCCUCAAACACCCAAGUAAGAAUGCAACAGUGACUGUUAAUCACACAGAAGAGUCUGCUGAUGAGUUUAAACUGGACUUGAAGAGAUGAACAGUUUCUUUUCUUUCUUUUUUUUUGUAUUUUUUUCCUUCCCUAACCUUAUUUUUUUAAUGGAAAUGGCUUGACUUAAACAAGAAUUGUUUGUCAGUCCUGGUGCUGGAGUCACUUUGUCCUGUAUAUUCUAUAAGGGCUUGUUAAUGAGCUGAUCAGUUGAAUUAGGUGUAGAGCUGCCCUGAAUAUUUGGCAUCUAAAAUUAUUUGUCUAAAAAUGGCAAAUAAAAUCACUUUCGUAGUUUAAAAAUACAGAAUAAUCAAAAUGACUAAAUACUUAAUAUCAAACAAAGAUUUUAAAUCAUUUAAAAUAAUUUAAAAAAUUGUAAAAGAUUUUUAUUAUUUAAAGCAGGACAAAAAAUACAUUUUUGCUGUUUAUUUUUUAUAGUGGUGAAAAAAUGUCAAAAGUAAUGAAAACUUUAUGAGGAAAAAAAAGUUUAAGAUUUUGUUUGGGGCAAAAAAAAGGUUGUUUUGAGCUGGGAAAGCACUAAAAUGUGCAGGACAGGGUGCUUCCAAGACCAGGAUUGAGAAACACUAACUUUGAAACAAUCAUCCUGUUGAGAUUUUUGCAGAGUUAAGGAUGUGUGAAAGGGAAGCUGGUACCUAUUCUAAUGAGGACCCAGUUUUCAAGUUAAUGGGUAAAUGAGCUAAAGUGCAUUUAGGCUAUGUUCACAUUAGAAGCCACAUUGCUCAAAUCAAUCCGAUUUUUUUGCUCAGAUCGGCUCAGAUUUGGCUAUCUUGACACAUUCACGUUCACAUUUACAAAUGUAAGUGAUCAGUAUCUGUGUAUAAUGUGAACAAAUCUGUCGCUGAAACGCCUCACAUGCGCACAUUAAUACAAGUAUAUACAUCGCCUCUUCACCAACAACAAAAAAACGUCAUAUUUGAGAUACGACUCGUAGCUUUAUAAAGGGAAAUGGAUGCGUUUGUUAGCAGCUCAUAUGUGGAGCAUCUUUUGCUGGAGUGGAGAAACUAAAACAGCUGGUCUGAAGUUCAUGCUCAGGUUGAGGAGGUGAAAAAAGGACAGGCGGUUUGCUUUUGCUGUUUUUUUGCAGCUAUAGCUGCACAGCUGCACCAAGAGAUGUGUUGUAGGUACAAGAAAGAAGCAUGUAGCGUAUGCGUAAAAGAAAAAAAGAUGCAUGAAUUCUGAUUGAACCGUUCACAUUCAUGUCACAUGUCCCUGGAUCAGAUACGUAUUCUGAUUUAUGACUAUAUAUCAUACGGAUUUGGCAUGUUCACACAGCCAUGAAAAAAUCAGAUCUGAGCCACAUUGAGCAAAAAAAAACAAACAAACUAAUUUGAGUCACUUCAGCUUGGUAAUGUGAACGUAGCCAUAGGUAACUUACUGCACAUCACGUCAUAUAUAAGUUGUGUCCAUUGAGGCCAAGCUUUUACUGUAGCAGACCUGUCUAUGAGACAAUAUUACAAUAUUACAGAUAAGUGCUCUUAGUCAAACACAUCAUACAGCUUGUUGUAUGCUGUAUACGUGAGUAACUUUACUUUAUAUUACUCAGAUUAAGUAAAGCAUUCUGGAUUCAAACCCUGUUUUAACUGUAGCAGAAGCACAAACUUCUCCAUGAGCCUUAAUUGAGUGUUUUUUAUUAGUAAAUUUCCUUUUUUUGUUGUUUUAAGAUCUUUCAGAAUUGAAAGCUACUGCUGGUGACCAUCGAGGUGCCUUAUUAGUGUUGGACGUGGAGCUUUUCCUUCAUGGCAGUGCUGAUAUGAAGAAUGCGUUGCUUAACGGUAUCAGAUGGAGUCUUUUGCAAGUGGUGUUGGUGUUGUUUCUGUGGAAGGUUGUGAUGUGAUGUUUAGGUGGAAUAGGAAGAUGGAAUGAGAAGAUGAUGAGGAUGGUGGAAGUAGUGGUGGUGAUAUUGAUGGCUGAGGUGUUUGUAGUAUUGGUGUUUUGCUCAGAUUGUGCUUUAUUGUUCCCAUUGUACUUGUAAUAAUGAAAGUAGUACUGUGUCAAAAGCCCUAUCCGGACGGGAUAAGUUUCUCAGGGGGUCCUGGGGUAAUUAUUUUUUAUUGGGGGACGGGGUCCUCUGUGAUUUUAUUCCCUUCCGGAACAACCAUGUAUUUGUGUUUUUCUCAGACGUCCUCUGAGAAAAUUACAGGCUGAAUUAUCUACUGUUUUCCGCUGAGCUCCGUGGUCCUGCGGUAAUUUUAGUCCAGUCCGGAUCCACAUCUCUGAGUUUUGUCUCCUCGCAUUUAAUAAAAUAGCUAUUUGUUCACUGCCAGGCACCGUAAUUACACUUUGGGCAUGCGUUUCCAUGGAGAUUCACGUAAACACAACAGCGAGUGGAAAUGGAGGAGCUACUGAACGUGAUGUUGUGACCGAGAAAGCCAACAAAAAACCUCACUGGUCCUCCUGUUUUUUUCAGUUGCAGUCUGGAUGAAAGAGUUUUAUCAAUGAGUAGAAGAGUGAAAUAUUUUUCACAGACGUCCCCCUGAGAAACUAAUUCCAUUAGAAUAGGGUUAAAGGAGAGUAAGAAUUUGUAAUUUACACUUUUGGGCUGGAACUUAAAAACUAGCCAUGUGUUUUUCUAUAUAACUGAAAUAUCGCCAAAUGUAAAGCAACUCAUUUUAUCUCCACCAGUUUUUUCAGUUCUAACUUAAGUUAGAAAUCUUCAAUUUAUGAUCUGUUUUUGUAUCAGAUUGAAUUUGGGGAAAUACAGAACAAUGGUACUAUUAGAAGCAAUAAGAC